CAUCAUGAAUGGACGUUAUUUAUAACCCACACCGCACUUAAUUUAAAUGCGCUUUCGCAAUGAAUUGAAAUGGAAAUUGAUCGUUUGUUGUACAUUUUCGGCAGCUUCUCGCGUAAGAAACAAGACAGGCGUAAAUCUCUUGAGCAGACUUCGGUGAGCGCUGGUAACAGUCCUAUGAAGGUGCCUCGUAAUUUACGACCUGACAGUCAGAAUUCUCAAGUAGCUCCGAGGACUUCUGCGUAUGAUGUGCCUCGGGUUGUGGUGAAGGAGUGGGAAUGUGGUAUCUGUAAGAAGGAGCUGGUAGAGCCAAGGUUGCUAGCGUGCCUCCACAGCUUCUGCACCAGAUGUCUGCAGAGCUUGCCGCUGGAAGGAGAGGCUGAGACAUGGAGCGAUACAGCUGGAUCUCUCCAGCCAUCGAGUAGCUCCAGGUCAGGGUCUGGCAGCGGUUCUGCGGGCUCAGGGUAUGAGAGCGAGAGGAACUCUGACUCCGACGCCAGCCUCAAUCAGAAACCACGCAAGUUUGGAAUUUAUACCAAGAAGAUUUCCGGUAAAAGUAUCCACUUUGUGGUGUGCCCUGGGUGCUCAGGGGAGACUCCGCUGCCUCUUGGAGGAAUAUCAGCUCUGCCGCUCAACUAUGUACUGCUGCGAAAAAUAGCCAAUCAAGAUUCAUCCAGUGUGUUGUGUGACCUCUGCUCCUCAGACAAUAAGGCGCAAUGCAGAUGCGAGGAAUGUCUGCUGAGCAUCUGUAGCUCAUGCUGCGAGAGUCACCGCAAACAGAAGGGCACAUCGAAGCAUGCCCUGCAACCACUCCACACUCCGGCCAGGUUCUGCAGCUUUCACACCAAGUGCGAAUUGACGGUCUACUGCGCCACGUGUCAGCAGGUAGUAUGCCGCGAUUGUUGCGUCGUAUCGCACUCUGGCCACGCCCUCGCGAACGCCACCCGAGCCGCUACGGAACGCUCGCGGCAGUUGCGGGAGGCCUGCGACCGCGCCAAGCACGUACCGAACAAUGUCGAGCGGGCGACGAGGAUACUCAACGCACAUGCUUUUGAAGUUGAGAGUCAAGCAACCCGCGUGGAAGCCGAAAUCAGGAGCUGGACGGAGGAGUACAAACGCGCUGUUGAGGCUCACGGACGAGCACUAUGUACUGCAGCAGCUCGCGCCAGGAACACCUAUCGCCAGCGACUUGAGGAGAAGACCAAGGAUUUAGACGACAGAAUCAAUUUUGCGCACGAAGCUGUCAACUUUGCUGAAGAGCUUCUUUCAGAAGGCAAGGAUGAGGAACUGUUGUCGCUGAGCGCACCAGUCCUCCGUCGCCUGGAGCGCCUCAAAGAGCUGCAGCGGUUAGCAGAGCCCCCGCGCUGCGAGCUACGCUUCGCCCCCGACGCCGCGCUCCCGGACUCCCAUCUUGUGGGCAGGGUGCUCACACAGGCAGCAGACCCUGACAAAUGUGUUCUGAAUACAGAAGGUUUCCAGGAUCUGCAAGUCGACUGUCCACAUGAAGCUAUAAUGGAGCUGCGAGACAGCAACGGUGAAAGGAUCUGGUGUGGUGGUGAACAGGUAUGCGGCUACUUCAGACGGCGAGACUCGAGCGCGCGGCCGGCCAUAGCGCGCGUGUUGGACCGAGCAGACGGCUCGUAUUCGCUCACAUUUAUCGCGCCCGCUCCCGGCGCUUACCUGCUGGCUGUCACGCUCAACAACACGCCCAUCAAGAACAGUCCAUUUCCAUGCGCCGCACGCGUCGUUAAAGCUCACAGCGGAACAUACCACUGCUGCGCGUUCUGCUCGUCGGGGGGGCGGCGUGACGUCACAUGCGGGUGCGGAUCCUCCAUGGGGGGAGGCUACAAAGGUUGUGGUCACGGCCACGACGGCUGGCCCGGAACCAGGCACUGGUCGUGUUGCGGCAACACCAGGCGGAAGUCGCCCUGUACCAGGCCUUCGCAGCAGCUGUACCAGUUCUCCUUAUAACUUACAUUAUAUACACCAUUGGUACACGAGGAUCUUAAUAUGUAAAUGAUAAAAAUAAGUUUAGUUACCUAGAAAACUUAAGUCAGGUCAAAACACGAGAGCAAACAUUAUGCUGUGAUGUAGGUAAUACAAAGAAACUUGCAAAAAGAUCAUGCAUUUACUUAAUUCACAUUAAAAUUACAGGCACUCAUAAUUAUUUUGGGAGUUAGUACUUACAUAUUAUAUUUGUUCCCUUGCCGUAGUGUGGGGCAUAUUUUUCAAUAGGAGUAGGUACAAAGUCUUUGAUAGAUCGUACCUAAGUGAUAAUUUGUACUCAUUUCCCCGUAAAGAUAUUAAAUGAUUAGGUAUGUAUUGUCUACCGAAAUUUUGUUUGAAGGCCUUUUCCACAUUACUAGAAUUUUGAUAUUAUUUUUUUAUUUAUGGUCACAAAAUAUGUUAUGGUAUUGGUAUAGGGGAAACAUAUACUUAUCCGUAAAUUAAAAUAAAAUAUUAUAGUUAAGUUGUUGUUACGUUCAGUUGCAUCACCUAAUCUCAAAAGGUUUUUUAUAAAUUAAAUUAACACGUUUUCUUUAAGAAGAAAAAUAUUACGUUUAAACAUUUUACUUGCAACAUACUUCAUGUUUUUUUAAACAGCUAAAAAUUUUUCUUUUAUUAAAAUAUGUAGGUAGGUACAUAAUAUGUUAAAUGUAUCGCUUUAAAAAAUAAUAUAUUAUAGGUUAGUUAUAAUGUUCUUUUAGACUUUUUUUUAUAGAAGUAGUGAAAUAAUAUUAUAUUGUUGAAUGUAAUUUUUUAUUGCCACAGUUUUGUGUGCAUUUCUGUGAUUAAAAUGUUGC